UAACGAAAAACUUUAUAACUACCAUGUAACAUUUCAUGUGUCUUUCUCUCUCGCUCUCUCUCCCCAACAAAAAUCUCCUUGUAUAGUGGGAUAAUUCAACUUGAGGUAGCCCACAUGAUUAGUACCAUUUCUGAUUGACUAAGUGUUACCUGUCCAAAUUUAAAAAGAAAGAAAAAAAUAUCUCAACCGUUUGAGGCGCAAUAGGGCCAUGAAUCACGAAACAAAUGCCCAUGCAUGCAUUCAUACACCUCUCUCACUACCUAUAAAGAAAAGGGUUUCAUUUAAUUUAAAGAAUUAGGUCAUCUCCCUCCUCUACCUCACUACCCAAUUAUUUCUCUACCAAUGGAGCUACCCAUCCAAUCUCACCUACAAACUUCUCACUACAAGCUCAACACCGAUAACGUCUCCUACGAAUUGUCUUCAAGAUACAACGAUUAUUUCAACCGGCUACCUUUCAUCUCAUGUCUCGACCACAACCAAUGUUCCAAGUUCCUCCUCAAAAACGUGACCUGUGACGCUAACCCGGGGAAGCUCACCGCGGUCGCGGGCCCCAGUGGCGCCGGCAAGACCACGCUGCUGGAGAUUCUGGCCGGGAUGAUCGUCCCGGCCAGACUCUCCGGCCGCGUCCUGGUCAACAACCGACCUAUGAACCCGCCCCAUUUUCGGAGGGUUUCGGGGUACGUGACGCAAGACGACGCCCUCUUCCCCCUCCUAACCGUCGAGGAGACGCUCACCUACAGCGCCCGCCUCCGGCUCAAGGCCGGUCGCGACAAGGUGGCCGCCAGAGUGCAGAAGCUGCUCAAUCAGCUCGGACUUGAUCACAUCAGCGGCGUUAGAGUCGGCGAUGAAUCGAGCCGGGGAAUCUCCGGCGGCGAGAAGCGCCGGUUGUCGAUCGGGGUGGAUCUAGUGCACGAUCCCUCCGUUCUGCUCCUCGAUGAGCCGACGUCGGGGCUCGACUCCGCGUCGGCACUGGAUGUCAUAUCGCUGCUCAAAUCAAUGGCCAAGAAUCAGCACAAGACGAUCGUGGUAACCAUUCAUCAACCCGGGUUCCGGAUUCUUGAGUUGAUCGAUCAUGUUAUACUGCUGAACAACGGCGCAGUUGUUCACAACGGCUCUCUAGCUCUCCUCGAGGAGAGGAUCAAGGCCGCCGGUCACGUCAUCCCUCCUCGUGUCAACGUGCUCGAGUUCGCCAUCGAUGCAGACGUCGAAGCUCAGAAACAGAGCGAUGUUGAUGAAGACGAACAUUUCUUGAUUAAUCACGAAGAAGGGAAUCAUAACUCAUACUGCAAUUCUCAUCUCGAUGAGACUAUCGUCCUCGGCCAGAGAUUCGCGCGUAACAUUUUCCGAACCAAACAGCUAUUCGUGACGAAAACAAUCCAAUCAUUAGUAGCAGGAAUUGUGCUAGGCACGAUCUUCAUGGACGCAUUCGGAGACAAGGAGAGAAAGAAGGUGCAAAACCAAGUAGGUUUCUUCGCCUUCACUCUCACAUUCUUGAUCUCAACGACAACGGAGGCUCUGCCAAUAUUCCUGCAAGAGAGGAGGAUUCUAGAGAGAGAGACGUCGAGGGGAGCGUACAGGAUGUCCUCGUACGUGGUGGCAAACGCUCUGGUCUUCCUCCCUUUCCUCCUAAUAGCGGCGCUAUUAUUCGCUACUCCAGUAUACUGGAUUGUGGGACUGAGCCAAAAUAUUGAGCAAUAUCUCUACUUCGCUCUCGUGGUCUGGAUGGUGAUACUGAUGGCCAACUCCUUCGUGGCGUGCUUCAGCGCGCUGGUGCCGGAUUUCAUCACGGGAACGUCCGUGAUUGCGGGAGUGAUGGGCUCCUUCUUCCUCUUCUCCGGCUACUUUCUGAGCAAGGAUUCGAUGCCCAAAUGCUGGACUUUCAUGCAGUAUUUGAGCGUUUUCAAGUACCCUUUCGAAAGCUUCCUCAUAAACGAGUUCGGCGGCGAACAAGGGAAGGGGAAAUGCUUGGAGAGAAUUGAAGGUGAGUGCUUGAUCUAUGGCGAUGGCUUCUUGAUUCGACAAGGUUUGAAGGAGCCGCAGAAAUGGACCAACUUGUUCAUGAUGAUGAUUUUCGUCGUAGGAUAUAGAUUCCUUGGUUAUCUGUUUAUGUGCUAUAAAUGUUACACAACUAGAAAUUAGUGUUUCGGGGACUAAA